UGAACAAAACGUUAAAUUUCUAGCUUUGCGGAUCAAUGGCAUAUUGAUAUGUUAGUAGCAAAAAUAAAGACAUAAGUAUAAAGAGGACGUAGGAACCUUUUCAUAAGCAACAAUAACUCGGCAGCCAGCUCAGCAGGGAAGAUAAAACUGGAUAAAAUAGUGAGUGAAAAUGAAAACAAAAAGGAACACGUUUGCAUUAUCACAAAUGAGAUGUAACGAUGGAUGCUGAGCAUUAAUGCAAAAUGGCGUAGUACGAUGGUCAGCGAUGUCGGCAUUGCUGCUAGCAGAAGUGUGGGGAAAUUAGACAAAACAUAUUUUCACCAUAGCAAAAUGCAGGCAGCCGUUUAAUGUCGAACAAAUCACAAAGCACGGAAAAGCACACUUAAGAACUUACUUCACGGAAAUGUUCUCAAACUAUUGGCCCCAACUGAAGCCUCCGAAAAAACGCCUAGCAAAAAAUCUAGGAGCUAUGGACACCCUGCUAAUGCAUGGAGAUCGAAUCGCAGCGCUGAUUGUCAUAAAUGGACGCCGUCGUGUUGCCACGAUAGACACGGGAUCGACACGAAGCAUUAUCAGCGCGGACAUCGCCAGUCAGAUCAAAACAGAUUCGAAUCAUCUAAAGGUUGGAGUUAAAAUUCUCCUAGCUGACGGUUCAAAUACAAACGUAUCGCAGGCGAUGGCAGUGGAGAUACUGCUGGGACAAACACGCACGUAUAUUGUGACGCUGGUGAUGCCCAACGUGAUGGACGACGUUCUUUUAGGCUUGGAUUUCUUGCGUCGGACCAGAGCGGUGCUUCAUGUCGGCCCAAACCAUCUGUGUUUGUUUCCGUUGCCAUUUGAACGUAGGUCUUGGCAGGCAGGCGACAGAAUCGAGUCUCGUCCAAAUGCAAUGGAUCUGGCAAAAAAAAGAGCCGUCAGCUGGUUGGCACUAGAGGAGACGAUUCCCAAGGACAAUAGUUACAAGCGCAUGGUACAGAAUAAGGCAUCAAUCGCGACAUGGGACAGCAGUUCCAUCUGCGAAACACCUGCAGAGGAGGAUUGGGUGGUAGCACCCACAGAUUGGUGGGUAACCACACCGGACCGACGCCUCCCAUCGAUGCUAAUCGAAUUCGUUCUCAACCAUAUCGAAAUGGGUGGAAUUCAACGCAGACGUUUUAGGCGACAAGUGGAUGGCAGCGUAUUUCGCGUAUGUAUCUCUGCCGCCGGCAGGGUAAUCAUUUAUCCUCGUUAGAAGAGUAAAAAGGAAUGGUUAAGUGACAUAUCUGACCAACGCCGCAUGCAUGGUUUCCAUUAAUUGACUAAGUAAUGACAUUUUUACUCUACAUAUCUAUUCCAUUCGGUUUUCCCGUUAAAUGUGACAAAACAGACUCGGAAAGGCUUUAUAACUAUAGUGAAUAAAAUCAAAUUGAAAUCAGUA